AGUUUGCAUCGCAGAUAAUAUUAACAAAUAUAGAAGUGGGCCACAUUUUGAAGUGCAAAGGGAAAUUGCAGUUUUUAGGGAAGUCUUAUGCCAUUUUCCGAACGGUACCCGCGCAACAGCAACCAAUUCUCCUUCAUAUUGUGUAUGCUUCCUUAAUUUUUGUCUUUUUACAAUUACAAAUUACACAUUUUUACUUUUAAGCGUGGGCCCCUGCAAAAGUCACUACGUCAGUAAAUUAAUCUGUGCAUGGUUAGUUUGGGUAGCAGUAACGCAAAUCCACUUCAUGCUUUGAAUUGAUGAAAUGCGGACUACAUGCCUGCGCCGGCGGAAGGAUUUUCGCUGUCAGGACAAGCGGCUGAGUGAGAGCUUCCGGUGUGGAGGUGUCCAGUUUGUGUCUACGCAGGCAGUCAGCACUGUUUAUUACACCUUUUUGAGAAAGAUAUACGUUGAGAGUUGCAACCUGGCAGUAUCCUCAUAACAACACCUCAGCGCUAUACAGAGUUUACCGGGGCAAAAUGGUGGCAAAACAGAGAAUUCGUAUGGCCAACGAAAAACACAGCAAAAACAUCACGCAGAGGGGAAAUGUAGCGAAGACAACGAGAAGCCCUCAGGAUGAUAAAGUGUCUGUUGGUCCCUGGUUAUUGGCGCUCUUCAUUUUUGUUGUCUGUGGAUCAGCUAUCUUCCAGAUCAUCCAGAGCAUCAGGAUGGGCAUGUAAAGUGGACAGAGCAACCUUAUUGCCAUACUGUCCUCUGAAUUCCAGCCUUCACUCUACCUUUCUAACAGUUAUACCACACCUGGCUUGGGAAUCUCCAGUAAUGAAGAAUCAAAAGAAUAUCGUUUCAUCUGCAUCUCUGCCGUAGACUUUCCCACAUAUGCGGCACAACCAUCAUUCCUACCAGUGCCUUAAAAUAUACAAUUGCCAUGCCAUAGUAAAUGUAACAUUCCAAUCUGGGACCUUGAUUAAAAAAAAAAAAAAAAAACUUGUAAAUUCAUGUUUAUUUCUGUCUGUUUUAUAAAGUGUAUGUGCCAUGCUUCAUUUGUUUGAUGUAUGUGUUUUUUUUUUUUGUCUAAUCCAAUUAUAAUUUCCUCUUUAUUUUAAAAGAAGGGUGAUGUGUUUAUGAAAUAUGGUGUUUGUUACUGGCUGCUGCAAGACAACAUACAUAACCACAAUACUUAGAGCUAAUAACUACAUUACUGUCUUAUACUUAAACUGUAUUGGCUAAGACUGUGUUUGCAUUUGUGGAGAAAAAAACAAACAAAAAAAACUGCAAAGGCAUCAUAGCCAGGCCAGAAAACAGCAUGCAAUUGUGUAUGGGUGCGUAAUAUAUAUAUAUAUAUAUAUAUAUAUAUAUAUAUAUAUAUAUAUAUAUAUAUAUAUAUAUAUAAAUUUCAGAGCCAGAUAUGAAUUCAACCUGAUUGUAAGCAAUUUAUAUCUGUUUUUCUAUUAUUUGUUUUAAUUCUGUGAAGUUUGCAUGUAUAUUAUGUCUUUUCCCUUGGUCAAAGGGAUUAAAAUGGUGAAGUGAGCUAAAACAUUGUAAACUAGCUGCAACUUGAUGCAUUUGUUAAAACAGACUGCCAUUUAAAACCCAGUGAAACAAUAAAAAUGAGAAAUUGUUGCAACUGCCA